UUGGGGAAGCUUAAAAAGUCAUAAGAACUUAUGCUCAAAGGGACAAUAUCACCGUAGAGAGUCGUGAUUUCUAACAAUUUUCACAAUAAUGUAAUAUUGUCAACUAUUAUGUUUUGUUCUCGAUUCUGCAGACAUGGUUUGUUAGCGUAUACCCAAACAAAAAGAUCACAAGCGUGUUCUUCUUCACAUUCUUUGUGACGGUCCAAACGGCAGCCUUUGCUGUCAUCAUCGAAACAAACCCAACCAUGUGGCAAGUCCGACCAGACAUUGAAAUGGUCACCAUCGUAUUCUCCGUAAGGAAACGACACCGACAUAGAAACCCAUAAACUAAACGAAUUAAGUUCAUAGUCAGUGAUAUAGGUAACGAAUUAGUUUGGGUUGGCAAAUGGCAGGCCAUAUUUGGGGGUAUGGUUCGUACUGGCGUCCACACAUGGUGCUUGCAAAGGAAGGGCCCAGUCUUUGUUGCAAUGUUCAAGCCCCUAGGCAUGGUCAUCGCCGUCGCCUUGGCCGUCAGCUUUCUUCGUGAGUCGCUUUGUCUUGGCAGAGGAACCGAGUUUGAGGUCUGAACGCAAAGAGAUGGCGGGAAGUGGAACAUACCUGAUGGAAGCGGCUCUACCGUUUCCGGCGAUGAUCUCCAUGGAGUGUAUCAACGUCGGACUCAACACUCUUUUCAAAGCCGCCACCGCCUCCGGCAUGAGCCACCACGUGUUCGUCGUCUAUUCUUACUCCCUCGCCGCGCUUCUCCUCCUCCCUUCUCCCUUCAUCUCUCGCAGAUCCAGGCGUCUACCACCCCUGAGUUUCUCUGUACUUUCCAAGAUCGCGCUUCUCGGACUCAUCGGUUCUUCUUCGCAGAUUAUGGGAUACACGGGAAUCAAUUACAGUUCUCCGACGCUUGCUUCCGCUAUCAGCAACCUUGUUCCUGCUUUCACUUUCAUCCUCGCCGUCAUUUUCAGGAUGGAGAAGGUGGUAUUGAAAAGACAUAGCAGUCAAGCCAAAGUGAUGGGCACCAUAAUAUCCAUAGCAGGUGCCUUUGUGGUCACUCUUUACAAGGGUCCAAGGAUUAUACUCUCUUCAGCGCCCACGGCUCUUUCACUUCACCAUCCAUUACCCUCUUCGCAUUCUAAUUGGGUCAUUGGCAGCCUUCUCUUGACUGCUGAAUACAUCUUGGUUCCCCUUUGGUACAUUGUUCAGACGAGAAUUAUGAAGGAAUACCCAGACGAGGCAACAGUGAUCUUCUUCUACAACUUAACAGUGGCCUUCAUAGCUGCAAUUGUUGGGGUGGUUUUAGAGACAGAUCCAAGCGCUUGGAUUUUGAAGCAGCAUACAGCAUUGGCCUCUGUUUUAUGCUCUGGACUUUUUGGAUCAUGCUUGAAUAAUACAGUUCAUACAUGGGCACUCCGCUUGAAAGGGCCAGUGUUCGUAGCGAUGUUUAAGCCGUUGUCGAUCGUCGUCGCCAUCGUAAUGGGUGUUCUAUUUCUCGGCGAUUCACUAUAUCUUGGAAGUGUUGUUGGAGCAUCCAUAAUAUCCAUAGGGUUUUAUACUGUGAUGUGGGGAAAAGCAAAGGAAGAAAGGGGUGCUGGAGAAGAAAAAGAAGAAGGCCAUACCCAUAAUCUUAAUGGUAACAAGGAAUCACAUGAAGAUCAGAGAGUACCUCUUCUAGGAAGCUACAACACACACAGACACAGUGCAGACAAUGUAUAAAUAUCCAACUUUUAUUCACCUUCCAAGCUAUGGCUAUGGCUAAGCAUGGGAGGAAACUGUACAAUUUGUAGCAUGCCGUGGGUUAGUAAUGAAUGAAAUAUGAGAUUUGAAAUUUUAGCUAAA